AUGUCGUCCACGAAACUUGCCACGGCUCAAUUCCCGUUGCGCGCCCGCGCCGCAUGCACACGACUGGUGCCGCUCGCGGCGACGCGGCCCUUCUCGAUGAGCGCAUCGCCGGGCAUGCCCAAGAAGAAGGCAGCCGCGGCGGCGUCGUCUUCGCAGAGCCACAAACCGCAGCCCACAGAGUCGGAGGAGGACGUCAGCGCCGACCGGUCGCCCGUCGACCCCCUUCACGCGCCCAAGACGGUCGACGGCCAGAGCAAGCCUGCUGGCGCGCGGAAAGCGAAGCCCUCUCCGGGUGGGCACAAGCCAAAGACGACGUCAAAGUAA